AUGAGAAAACCCGAUGUAGACUCUCAUGGUGAUGAUGAUGAUGCAUUAUUAGAUUUUAUUACUGAGGAAGGAUUGUAUGAGCAUGAUCCGAAUGCUACCCCAAUUGGAGUAAAUACUACCGAGGCAAUGAUGUUCGAAACUCUAAUAUUCAAUAUUAAGGACAGUGAGAAUUCUGUUUCCACUAUUAAAAUAAUACCAACCGAAAAUGAAACCCUGCACUAUAAUGCUAAUUCCUUAAUUCCAAUGAAAAACGACAAGAUAAUCAAUAAGAGAAAUGUGAUUACUCCCAAAUUUAUAUCAAAAAAGCAUUGCUUUAAAGCAAAUCAUGAAAAUCUCAACUCAAUUUCGGAGCAGGUUUGCAAAAUAACUGCCUUAAUGAAUAGUGCCUCCGACUCAAUUAUUUACUCAUCAAUUGGUACUGCAGUGAUUGUGCUCAAUAAUAUGAAAGGAUACGUUAUGGCAUUCACGUGUGCUCAUGUUUUGUAUCCAACUAAAGAUCAUGAUUUAUCCCUUGUUGAGGUUGUUGCAGAAAUUGAUGGAAAGAAAGGACAGUGUGUUGUUGUAGAAGAAGGGGCCUUUCGACUCAGUAAUCAAGUUUCGGAUGACUGGGUAUUGUUAAAGAUAAUUGUUGAGGAUUUGGAACCACUUCAAUAUGUACCAAUUAUUCCUUCUCCAUCAAUGAUUGGAUUGUUGAACCAUAUUACAGAUAGCAAUUAUUGUCCUGAGUUUUACACUACUCUCUUGUUUGGUUACUUUGUUGGGAAUAACCAUCUAGAAGAACUAAAGCUCAGAAAGUUAGGAUUGAAUAGUUCAGAUGUUUGGAAAUUAGUCCCACAAGAACAAAUGUCGGCAUCUUUGGGUUGGACAGUGGAAACUUGCAACAGUAAUGUUAUUUACAAUAGUGGAAGUUUGAAUUCUUGUUCUGGAGGACCAGUUUUCAAAUGUAGGAUAAAGGUAGAAGAAGUGUUGGAAUGUGACAAUACUGAUCUAGCAUCCUUAAUGGAGAAAAGCUAUUUCUCGAUCGGUUUACUGGGACUUCAUUGUGGUGGAGCAACUGGAGGGAAUAUAAUAUGUUCAUCUCAUAACUAUUUCAAGAGCUAUUAUUUCAAUGUUUACACUCCUCACAAGAAUUGUUUCUCUAAAGAAGAUCAACACAAAAUUGAAAUGGAAUGGGAUUUUAUUAAUCAAUUAUCCUAA